AUGACAUUUCCGGUUUUUGAUGGCAGAAACUACGACCCAUGGAGCAUGAAGAUGAAAGUGAUUCUUGGCUCUCAAGAUGUGUGGGAUCUGGUGGUGAACGGACUCGACUCGUUACCGGCGAAUCCAACCGUUGUGCAACAAGCAACGUAUAAAGAUGCGAAGGAGAAAGAUUGCAAAGGCUUAUGUAUUCUACACCAGUGCAUGAAUCAAGCAAUUUUCAAAAAGAUUGCAAGAUCGGAGUCGAGCAAAGCGGCGUGGGAUGUUCUUGCGAAUUCCUAUGCCAGCGAUCAGAAAUUGAAGAAGGUACGAUUGAAAACCCUACGAAGACAGCACGAAAUGAUAGGAAUGAAAGAAAACGAAAAGAUUGUUGAUUUCUUCACUAUAAUUCAAACAAUGUCGAAUCAGAUGCAUUCUUGUGGUGAAACCCUAACUGAUGAGUCAAUAGUUGAGAAGAUUCUACGAUUUGUAAAUUCAAAAUUUGACCAUGUUACGGUGGCGAUUGAACAAUCGAAGGACCUAUCAAAAAUUAAGUUUGAAAAACUUCAAGGUACGCUUGAAACACAUGAGCAACGAAUGGAUGAAAGAAAGGCUGCGAAAUCAGGUGUUGAGCAAGCAUUGCUUGCACAAACUAGUAGCACCAAAGGUGAUAAUCAAAGAGGGCGUGGAAGAGGCAGGAACAGUUAUAGAGGUGGAAGAGGCAGAGGUAACAACUCUAGCUCAAACUGUGGUAGAGGAAAUUCAAGUAAUAACAAUAGCAAUGAAAACUAUAGAGGAAGAGGUGGUAGAGGUGUGAGAGGAAGAGGAGGGAGAAAAUCUGAUAAGAGUCACAUUCAAUGCUAUAACUGCAAGAAAUAUGGACAUUUUGUUGAUGAAUGUUAUAAUAACACACAUAAUAAUGAUGCAAAGUUGGCACAAGAAGAAGAUGAGAAGGAAGAGGAACUGAUGAUGGUUGUAAAAGAGAAAAUAAGUGAAGAAACGUUGAACAAGGCAACCUGA